CGACCUUCGCCCCAAAGCGCCAAACAGCAACACGGCCGGGACUAUCAACUACUGGAACGAAACAGGGCCCCUGGUGUAUCUGAUUGUCAUCUAAUAUGAUCAUCAAACAUAGCGUCGUCCGUUCUGGAUGGCCGCAGUCAAAAUUUCCCGGGCUAGAGUUGAUAUGUCACAGGGGAAGCCUCCGCAUUCUCAUGCUGAUCGGAUGAUCCUUUUUGUUUGAGCGUUUAGCUAUAUCUACCUAGUUCCUCAAUUUUGAGAAUCGAUGUAGUUCAUAAACUGUCAGCUGCUUCCGUCUUUCGCUUCACUUCUGCAAGAGCCAGGUGCUUCCCCUUACAACUUUCAUUCCACUUUGUCGUUUGAUACGAGCCACCUUCUUUUCGAAUUGAUCACUGUCCAUACUUAAUCGACUCUCACUUUUUUUGGUCAAUUGCCAACAAAAUGAAAUCCUUUACUAUUACAACCUUCCUCAGUCUCGCCUUCGUGGCGUACGCUGUCCCUCCCUUCGAUCCCGCUGGCGCGAAAAACGUCGGCAAUGGUGCUGGUGGGCAAUUUAUUGGCGGUCAAUGUUUGAGCAAUGCCGAUUGUGGUAGCGGAUGCUGUGCGAAUCCGACUGGAAUAUGUUCUGGCCCAGGAGCAUCGACACAAAAUGGGAAGACAGGUUGUGGUUUUGGUUCAACAGGCUCACCAGCAGCGGCACCAGCAAGCCAAAGCGCAGCCGCUGUCUCCGUCGCGAGUACAGCUUCAGCAGGCGGACCAGCUUUCGACCCCGCAGGAGCGAAGAACGUCGGCAACGGACAAGGGAAACAGUUUAUCGGAGGACAAUGCUUAUCGGGAGCUGACUGCGCGUCCACAUGUUGCGCAGGUCCUUCCGGUAUCUGCAGCGGACUCGGGGCGCAAACCCAAGCUGGCAAAACAGGUUGUGGCUUUGUGUCUGGGAGCUCGUCUGGAAGUGUAUCCUCUGCUGUCUCUGCUCCUGCGGCGUCUUCGGCUCCCGCUGCAGCGAAAAAUGCCGUGGCAGGCACUGCAUCCGCCGGAGGCCCAGCUUUCGACCCAGCUGGAGCUAAGAAUGUCGGAAACGGCGCCGGACUCCAGUUCAUUGGAGGACAGUGCUUGUCGGGGUCUGAUUGUGCUUCUACGUGCUGCGCCGGACCGAGUGGCAUCUGCUCUGGCCUUGGAGCGCAAACACAAGCUGGGAAGACUGGGUGCGGAUUCGUCUCUGGGAGUGCUUCCAAUGCGGUUGCCGCUGCCCCUGCAGCUUCACCCGUCGCUGUUGCCUCUAGUGCAACAGCUGGUGGACCAGCGUUCGACCCAGCCGGCCAAAAGAAUGUAGGGAAUGGCAAAGGCGUUCAGUUCAUUGGGGGACAGUGUCUGUCGGGAGCGGACUGUGCUUCAACCUGUUGUGCUGGCCCCUCUGGAAUCUGCAGUGGUUUGGGAGCACAAACCCAGGCUGGAAAGACUGGGUGUGGUUUUGUUUCUAGCGCGAAGCUUUUGAGGGUGUAAUGAUAGUUGGGGCUGACGGAGCAUUUCAGGGGACAAGCAUAUUCUUAUCAAUACUUAGUUUGGGGUUUACAGAGCGAAAAUAGCAUGGAUGCAUACAUACUGGCCUAGGGGAAUACCAAAAGAUACACUUCGCAUAGUUCCAGGAAUCAACACAGACUUGGCAAGACC